AUGGAUAGUAUACUGAGACAGGUGGGAGGUGUAUUAAAGAAUUUAAAAUUUGAGGGAGUCUCAGUGGAAGACCAAAUUACGUUACCACUGGAAAUACUAAAAGAAGUCCCAACGGAAGUAUUGAAACCCUUUGAGAACGACUUGAUAUUUAUUACUUCGAAAUUAUUGGAAGUCAUUCACCACUUCGAAAGUGUGAGAGUGAAAGUGUUUGAAGACGUCUGCGCGUCAAUAGAAAAGAUCAUUGGGGCGUUGAAAAGAGAAACUGUUGGGUUGAUAGUGCCUGGGAUAGUCAAAAACGUCCAACGUGUAAGGGAUAACGGGCGGGUUGAAUACCAAAAGUGUUGUGUAAUGAUGUUGUCGACAUGUUUGUCCUUUGCAAUAAUCGAGAAGCACGACGAGGAAGUCGAGAAACGGCUCACAAAAGUGGUGACCCGAUGGUAUUUAGAACUCCGAAGUGUAGUUGAUACCAUUGGAGAGAGUGCGUUACAAGUGAGUCGACACAUAGACAGUUGGCUUGUCUCUCCCAAGAACGUAUUAAUAGAGACAGCUGUACGGUGUGGCAUCACUGAAGGUCUUACUGACACUACACUUCACACUGUUGUCGAGCAAUUUGUCACUCAACUUGACAGCCAAGUCUGUGAUUUACUGAAUCAAAUGUCUUUAAAAGACACAACAGAGAAUAGUUCAAGCGACGUAGGGAACGUGACAGACACAAGGAAAGAGUGUACUGAUCUCAUUAACACCAUCAUUCAAUUAACGCUCACAAACACUUCAAUAGAAUCUAUCAUAGCAACACAAAUUGAAAAGGUCGCAGCGUGGGAAGUCAUUAUAUAUUCUGCAAAUUACCCAAUACACACUUUCAAUGCAUUGAUAGAGAAGCGCGUCAAUGAAGAAGUUGUGAAUUAUAUAAGACAGAGUGAAGACGUCAUUUUUGUGGUCAAUGGAAUACAACAAGACUCUAAGAAUCCACAGAGAACUCAUUCUAAAAACAAGAGUCUUUUAUUAGAACAAAUCGAAUCGAGCGCACUACAUUUGCUUGUUGAAAAGACGAAGAAGAGUGACGACACAACAAAGUCGGUAAUCCUCAACGAAGUCAUUCAAAACUGCUUUGAUAUUUCUGCUCUUCAAAUAGUCGUGAAUUCAUUCGAAGAAAUCGCACCAGAGACUGCACUCGACAUCUUCAUGAAGUGUUCCUCUGAAAGUGAAAUCAAAGAAAUUUCAAAGUGUUUACUUAGUAAAUGUUCUCCACAUGACUUACUUAAGAAACUUUCUCUCUUCGAGUGGGCUGGAUGGAUAGAAGUUUGUGUGUCAAAUAGUGUCGUUCAAAAUGUCGUUGUUAUGGAAGAACCUCUAGUAACAACAAUAGUUCAAAAAGCUAUUAAAAUAGUACCUUUUCUGCAGAGUGAAGACUUCUCCUUAACAUACGUGUUUAGACUGUUAACAAAUGUGAUCAACCAGAGUCAGAUCUAUGCCAGACACGCAGAGGAGAAGGGGAAUACCAAUGAAGUGAUAAACACGAUGGUACAUAUGAUGGGGUUUAAUACUCAGAACGUUGAAAAAUACUCUUUACAGAAGAAACGACCGAAAGAGGAGAAGCAGAAAGAAAAGCAGAAAUACAGUGAAGUCUCUGAGAUAGUCGAGAACGCAUUAAUCAGUCUGACACAUGUCAAUUCAGAGGUUCGAGUCUCUGGAAUUGAAGUGCUGAGAAGCGUGAGUGGAUUUAUGUUAGAAAAGGACGUCGUACGUGUUAUGAAGACAAUUGGAUAUUCGAUGUCACUAGAAGAGGCGCCGUGGGGUCUUCUGACGAUACUUGAUUUGGUCACAAAAUGCUUUAAUGAGCACGGGAGUGUACUUGCAGACAUCUUUGAGAAACACCUUCAAAAGCACUUGAAGGUGGUAUUUGAAAGGUACUUCUGUCAGCCAUCUACUCCUUAUAAUAGACUCUCUGAGAUCAAGAAGAGUCUGACUGACACAUUAAUUGCUGUGUUUAGUCAUUGCCACAUAACCACUGAGAUUUGUUAUGAGAUUGGAAGACAUUUGAUUUGUCUGAUCUCCUCUAAGGAGCGCCUUCUUGAUACAAUCGAGUACACAACUAUCAGUGAGUAUGUCGGUAAGAUCAUACUCUCUAUUAGUCAGUCGGACACCGAUGGGUUCUAUCAGAUAGUAAUUCCUUUACUUCUAAAAUAUAACACAAACAAUGCGUGGUGGAAUGGGUACUGCGAGAGGUACUCCAAACUCUUUGAAAUGUCGGUUGAGAAGUACUCUGAAAAUAAGACUCUAUCAAAGUACCUUCUUGAGUCUUGUCUCAUCUAA